CCCGGUUAAUAGUGAGAAGAUAAAUACCUUUUAUUUGUUUCUGAGAUAUUUUUAAAGCUUCUCAGAGUACCGUCCUCGGAAAUUUUAAUUUUAAGCGAAUUUUGAUCUCUUCUCCUUCGAUCUCUCCGCAAAUUCGAUCUACAGUUCUCAGCUAUUGUAUUUUUUGAAAUGGCAGACGGUCAUGAAACUGAUAAGAACAUUGAGAUAUGGAAGAUUAAGAAGCUAAUCAAAGCCCUUGAGGCUGCAAGAGGCAAUGGAACAAGCAUGAUUUCUCUUAUUAUGCCUCCUCGUGAUCAGAUAUCACGAGUCACUAAGAUGCUUGGGGAUGAAUUUGGAACUGCUUCCAACAUCAAAAGUAGGGUUAAUCGUCAAUCUGUUCUGGGUGCCAUUACCUCUGCUCAACAAAGGUUGAAGCUCUACAACAAGGUUCCCCCAAAUGGGCUUGUGCUUUACACAGGAACUAUUGUCACUGACGAUGGCAAGGAAAAGAAGGUCACUAUUGACUUUGAGCCUUUCAGGCCCAUUAAUGCAUCUCUUUACCUUUGUGACAACAAGUUUCACACUGAAGCUCUGAAUGAACUUUUGGAAUCUGAUGAUAAGUUUGGUUUUAUUGUUAUGGAUGGUAAUGGGACCCUUUUUGGUACACUAAGUGGAAACACACGUGAGGUCCUUCAUAAGUUUUCUGUUGACCUUCCAAAGAAGCAUGGAAGAGGAGGGCAGUCAGCACUUCGAUUUGCUCGUCUCCGUAUGGAAAAGCGCCACAAUUAUGUUCGGAAGACUGCUGAACUUGCCACACAGUUCUAUAUCAAUCCUUCUACUAGCCAGCCCAAUGUGUCAGGACUGAUACUUGCUGGGUCAGCUGACUUUAAAACUGAGCUUAGUCAGUCUGAUAUGUUUGAUCCCCGCCUUCAGGCAAAAAUCCUGAAUGUAGUGGAUGUUUCUUAUGGGGGGGAGAAUGGGUUUAAUCAGGCAAUUGAGCUGUCUGCUGAAAUCCUGUCAAAUGUAAAGUUCAUACAAGAGAAGCGCCUGAUCGGGAAAUAUUUUGAAGAAAUAAGCCAGGACACUGGCAAGUAUGUUUUUGGUGUUGAUGACACACUGAAAGCUUUGGAAAUGGGUGCUGUUGAGACACUUAUUGUUUGGGAAAAUCUGGAUGUUACUAGGUAUACCUUGAAAAACACCACUAACAAUGAGAUUAUUAUAAAACACUUGAACAAGGAGCAAGAGGCAAACCAGAACAACUUCCGCGACUCAAGCACCAAUGCUGAAUUGGAGGUUCAGGAGAAGAUGCCACUUCUUGAAUGGUUUGCUAAUGAAUACAAGCGUUUUGGUUGCACACUUGAGUUUGUUACCAACAAGUCGCAAGAGGGAUCCCAGUUCUGCAGAGGCUUUGGUGGUAUUGGGGGAAUCCUCCGCUACCAGCUUGAUAUGAGGACAUUUGAUGAGUUUUCUGAUGAGGGAGAAUUUAACGAUGAAUCUGAAUAGCAAUCAAUCAAACAUACUCCACUGCUCGUGCAGGGAGAUGGGGUGAAAACCCUGCACCAGUGCGCGGCACGUUGUGCCUGCUUCCCAGUAUCUGUGUUCCAAAAAUUUUUCAAAGUUCUAUUGAGGGGCUAUUGCAGGAUGUCUCAGCAAAUGAAGCUUAAUAUUAUUAUGCUGCAUGGGCUUUGUGACGGAGGAGAUCGAUAUGAAGGAACGGAAAUAAGUAAUGGAAUCGAAAGGUCAGAAGAGCUACUGCCUAAUGACAGAGGGGGCCGUGUGUGAUUGCUGGCUUGGUUAUUUCUGGGACAAAGACCCCUUUCAGAUAUAUAAUAGAUGAUAUUAUUAUAAUAAAUUAUAUGGCUUUCAUUAAUAUGCAAGCCAUGGAUGGUUUGUGAUGAAUUGCUAUUACUCUGAAAUACUGUCUCUAUGGUUUUGUUAUUUUUUGUUAAAGCCUGAAGUCUCGGAUAAACAUUCUAGGUAUUAUGAUGAUUAUGGUUAUUACUAUGUAUGUUUUGAGUGCGAGUAUCCUGUAUUAAGGUUUACAUGUUUGAAUGGUGCUUAAAUAUUGGCUUGUUUAUUUUA